CGAGAAGAGAUGAUCACGAUUUCGGGUAUCCGAUUCACACGACAUUGUCAACUAUCAUAAACAACAACAACAUAUAUAUGAAAAUAAUUCAGCCCUGGGAAAUUUUCUCUUUCAGGAUCGUUUUCAUAAGGGUGAUUGUUUUCCUUUGACUUAUAAUUGUUGGUUAUCUACACUCUAUUCCUCGAUCACUGGUGUCCUCAAGGCGACAGGACAAUGUCAGAAACCCUGUUCCUCACAUUCCAAUCCCAACUCUCUGUUGUCAUGGAGACCAUCCUUAAAUCAGCCAUGUUCGAAAUAACCAGGCUGGUGGAGGACAGCUUCCUGGAGGAAGUGGGUCAUCGUAAACAGGAAGUGGAACUUUUGAGACGCAGGCUGCAGUUGUCCGAAAGUAAAGUGAGACAGAAGGAAUGGGAACAAGCAAGGAAAGUACAGUGCCCAGACUGUGGAUGUGGCCGAUUGGGUGACUCGAGUGACAAAGAGGAGAGCCAGACAGUGGAGACGGUUCAUGGCCCAAGCCUGAGAGAUCAGUCAAUCAAUGAGCCUUCAUUGACCCAAACCAUGUGGAGUACAAGGCAACAACUGGAGUCUAACGUGCACACUGCAACACACUUACAUUGCAAAGACAAACAUGAUGUACAAAAGCAGACUGCUAAAGAUAUCACCGCACCCAUUUCUAACACACAAAUUCCCCAGGACGCUCUGCAAAGACUUCUGGGUAAUGUCGAAGUUCACAGCGAGUCCGUGAGUGACAGGGUGAGAGAGUUAAACCAAUCUGAAAAGGACUUUACGCUUGACAAGGAAAUAAGCUCAAAUCACUCACGACUGUUACAAAGUCCUUUAUCUCAGGAUGGCCAAGAGAAUUUGGAACCAUCUUCACCGAACAAAGUCAAAUCGGAGACCGAGCCGGAUCUUCUCCCUGUCAAGGAAGAAGAAGAGAUGGUUCCGGUGUGGGAAAGCGUCAACAGAGAUGACGGUUGCCAUGGAGAAAUGUCUGAUCCGAGUCACGGAGAUCAGGAGGAGAUACAGGUAGAAAGCUUUCCAGAUCUAAACUCUCUCGACAUGCCUGACGCCACCUCAUAUUUCACACCUUAUUCAGUGAACACAUUGGUACAUCAAAGUAUUAGGGCACAACAUAGUAAUAUAUGCACAACAGAGCUGGGGCUGUCCAGGUCAAAUUUUUUUGUCCAACAAGAAAACGGACAAAUUUAUACAGGGCCCGAUGGUUCUGAAAGUUCCGCCCUCUAUUCUCAUGAUGUUGUUUGUCCGGGCGAGAAAAUAAUCAGCCAUGCACAGCCCCCCAAGCAUUUCUCCCAGGACAAACACAGGAUCCAUGCAGAAAGAUCCCACCAUUGCACCCAAUGUGGGAGAACUUUUGUGAAAGCAUGUGACCUCAGGGCCCAUAUGCUGAUCCACAAAGGCAAGAGACCUUUGAGCUGUCCCCAGUGCAAUCAGACAUUUGCGUACAACUUUGAGCUGAAAGUUCACCAGCAGCAACACUCGGGCGAGAGACCUCAUGUCUGUCCACACUGUGGCAAGGCCUUUGCCCGGCUAAGCAACUUCAAGCAGCACCAGAACAUCCACACGCGGGAGAAACUCUUCAGCUGUAAUCAAUGCGGGAUGAGGUUCAAUCGGGCCACCAACCUGCGAGUUCACAUCAGACGGCACAGCCAUGCAGGGAAGACUUACAGUUGCCCUCAGUGUGGAAAGAGCUUUCUGGGUCCCAGGCAAAUGAAGACUCAUUUACUGAAAAACCACGGAAGAGGAGGGAAAUAAAUCUAUAUGUUUUACAACCAUUUAUAUUUUAACUGAUCCUUAAUUAGUCUGUUCACAUUUAAAUGAUCUGCUUUGUUGGGUAUAUAAAAAGUUCCCCAGUCAGCAUGCUUGGUCUUGGUCUUUGAAUGAAAGACACUCCUUUUUGGUAUCUGUGCUCAAUGCAGUGACAUUACUACACGUUCAUUCUGAAUGAUCUCUAGAUCAACCAGACUGGAAGCAGACGCUAAAGAGGUCAAAAAAAAGACAAAACGUACUUGCAAGCUAAAAUAAAAGACCACUGUCCCAACUUCACAACUCUUUUAAAAUCAUUUACACAUUAAAGACACAAACCAUAUCUGGACAAAUUCGUAUGCUGUAAAUCUUUGAAUUAGGGAUGCGUAACGAUUAAAGUUUUUGUUUACAUCAUAUAAAUGUGUAGUAUAUAUAAAUGUAUAGGAGAAAAAAUAUAUUUAUAUAUAAUAUAAAUUAUACAUAAAUAUACCAAUCUAUAUACACAUCAUGUAAACAUUUCCUAAAUAUAUACAUGCAUGUGUGUGCAUUUAUCUAUACAAAGUUCACACACACACACACACACACACACACACACACACACACACACACACACACAUAUAUGAUGUAAACAAAAACUUCUAUUCUGCUAUAGAUUAAUCGCGAUUAAUCGUUAUGCAUCCCUACUUUGAAUAAUAUUUCUGUAAUACAGGAAAAUAAGUAAACACUCUAUAAGUUACAUUGUUGCUGUAUAUAUCAUAGACUGCCUUAUGAAUACAUACUGCCCAAGUGAAUGGAUGACCUGUGGUUUUGCUGGAUAUAAAGCACAAUAACGUUUACAUUUCUCAACAGUACAAAACAUUUAGGGGCAGUUUCCUGAGGUAUAGAUUUGUCCAGGACUAGGCCUUAGUAAAUAGAACAUUUAAGUAGUUUGUACAAACACCCCUUACAAAAAAACAAUACUGGUGUAUGUUAAGAUAUAGGGAUGCACCGAUACCAAUACUGGUAUCGGGUAUCGGCCUCGAUACCACAUUUUCUAAAGUACUCGUACUUUUUAAAAGUCCCCCGAUACCUGGAAUCGAUACCACGGUCUGAGAAAUGUCUAUGUUUGAGCGGGUGUUGUCCAAAGAGGCAGAGUUUACAACAAACUGGAAAACUAGUCCUUUGUUUUUUUUGUUAAAUUAUAUGACUAAAGCUGUUACCUGUAAAUUUAAAUCAUGUUUUUUUAUUAAGUACUCGGUAUUGGUAUUGGCAAGUACUGAAAUGCAAGUAAUCGUACUCGUACUCGUAUUCCAAAAAAGUGGUAUCGGUGUAUCCCUAUUAAGAUAUGUCAGUGCAUGAUGUUUUUAAAUUAGGCAGCUCAAAUGCAUUUUAGUCUGGGACUAGGAUAAGCCCUGUCCAGGAAACUGCCCCUUAGUCUUUUUAGUCACAAUAACAUUUUUUUGGAAUAAUGUUUUUUUUUAAAAAAAUGAUUUAUCUAUGAGGUGAAUUAUUUUGUAAAAAUUCAUUUGACCUCAUAAUCAAAAAAUGCAAAUCUCCUCCACGAAUUCAUCUCUCUGUACCUCCGGUCACAAGCUAUGGCACGAGGGCCGAGCCCCAGAGAAAGAUCGAAGCAGUUGGCAACAUGACCCAACUUUAAACAAUCCAAUCAGUUCUCGAUGGACGAAUUCAAGUCUCGCGCGACCAUUUCUGAAGCUGUUUCACUCUGCUAUACACCAUGACGAUGAAAAUAAGACCAUCGCUUCUUCCGUUAAAUCGUGACUUUAAGCGUGAGCUUUUGAUAGUCAGAUUAAGAUGAAAACAGCAAAAUUUCACAAAGUUUUGGAGUUUGCUUUAUCCCUUCUCGCCACAACCCUUGUGAAAUGAGAAAAAAUAUAGGGGAGUUGAUGUUUUUGAUUAAAGAUUAAUAGGGCACGUGAUUUAAAAAAGCAUAGGUCAUUUAUAAAAAAAAAACACUAUAUUUUAUUUAAAAAAAAAUUUAUUUCAAUUUCAUGGUGACUUUUAUGGGCUUUAAAUCCAGAAAAUAAAAGGUCACCCAUUUUUAUUUUAUGUGUUUUUAAAGCAGAAUUGGCCUCAAUAUGGCAGAAAUGAUAGCUCAUGAUUCAGUGGCCAGUGCAGCAUCUAUGUACAGUAUGUCUAUGGUUUAAAUUUGCAAAGACUUCCAACAGUUCCAUGAUAUUUCAAUACACUUAGCUUGGAUUUAUUAGUUAUCAAGAAUUAUCUUGUUUUUGUAUCAAUGUAAAAUAGUGUAAUAUUGUUGAUAUAUAUUUUCUAAAGUAAAGACAGUCUUUUCUGUCUAUACGGUAUAUGUUUGUGAAUUAAUGUUUCAUAAGGAAAUUGUCUUUAACCCAUUUCAAUUAUUAUUUAUUUAUUUUUUAAUAUAGAGUUUUACCAAAGGCUACUCUGACCAUUACCUAAAUUGACAUUUGGCUCUUUUCACAAAGUUAAUGGUGAAUUGUUGAAAAAAAGUAAAUGAACCAUCAGUUUAAUAAGUAGUACCAUAUGGCAUAAGACUGCAGCCAGACACAAUACACUCUUAAGAAAUUAUAUGUUCAAUUUUUACACAUUGUUUUGUGUUAUGCUAUUUAACACACUAUGUGUUUUUGUAACACAUUAUUUGUCAUUUAAUGUUGAUUUUGUGUUUAAAUAAAUAAAAGGGACAAUAUAAUAUGUGUUAAAACAACACUAAAUGUGUGUUGUUCCAAUUAUAACACAUUUUGUGUCUAGUUAAGGACAACAUAUUUAAUGUGUUGUCCUUAACUGGACACAAUUUUAACAGACUAAGUCAGCGUCUCACAUUAACAAGGUGUCAUUGAAAUCAAUUUUCAUUAUGAAACUGCUUCACGUCAUUCCUAAUGCGUUAUCCAACAAAAAGCACCAUUCCAAAUGGCUUUUUUUCAACUUCAGUAAAUGUCCGACAGUGCAAGAUGACUCUAAAGCCAUUUCCUGAAGUUUCUUAUGUUCUUUACUUAACUGACUUAAAUUAUCAUCUAAAUAAAGAUCAUUAUUAGAUGGAUUUGUUUGCUUUGUUUUCUGAAAGACUAUAACUUUAAUGUUUUAGUUAGAUCAUAAACUGUAUUUUAGACUGUAAAUGACAUUUAAGGUUAAACACAUGCAAGAACACAUAUAUAAACGCUAAUCAGAAUUUAAAUAUAUUUAAAGUGCAGAUAUUAAUAUUGCAUAUGAUUCAUAAGUUGAGCAUUGCAUUCGUUCAGUUAAAAUGUAUUUAUAUUAUACUAGGUCAAUUCUCAGCGUGCAUCUUUCAAAAUGCAUCUUUUAUUCAUGUGCAUAAUAUAAUAAAAGUUAAUAAAUUCUUAUGAAAUAUUUAUUUAAACCUGUUUUAUUGUGU